AUGGACCACAAGAAGCGCCUCGCGUCCCGUGUGGGGACUCCCGGGAUUUGCACGGUUGUCCUCAUCGACAAGACGCAACGACCAAUCAUGAACCUCCACAAAGUUCCGCUGUCUGCGACGAUCUGGGCCAUCAAAACGAAAGUCUCGGAAAGACUGAAGGAGGUCGGCCGCUCCCUCAGCGCCGAAGCAAUGGUGUUGCACGUAGAGUCCGGAGGGACUUCUACAGCAAUGGAUAACGACGAGUUUCUCUCGACCUACAACACCCUGGGGGUCUCCCGCUUCACCGUCAUCAUCUCGAGACGAACGAAGAUGGAACUGCAAGUCGUCCUCUCCCGACCGGAAAAGAAGUGUCUGUGCAUUACGAAGCAGAAGAAGGAACAAGAGGAGUUUCCGGUCCACAUCCCGCUCGCAUACACCACCCAUCAGUUGCGUCUGUACAUCACCGAGACGAUGAACUGCAACACACCGAAGAAAGAUUUCAAGCUCUACUAUGACGAAGCGAUGCAGGAUGCAUUCCCGGAAGAAGGAGUUGUGGGCUCGCUGGGAAUCGCCGAAAAGACGCGCCUCUACGCACUCAUGCCCCCAGGGUUCGACAUCACAAAGAUCGAGUAUCCGGUGAUUGAAGGGAAGAAACAAGACGCCGUCGCAACUGCUGAGCCUGAGACGCUCACCGAGGCCGCUCCCACAGCGCCUGCGGGUAGCGAGAAGUCCCAGCAGGAAAAAGAGUUUGAGGCGCGAGCCAUGGGAGGCUUGAUGCCGCAACAGGACGCCGGCGACUACGCCCGAUCCUUGGGUUUCUCGCCGUCGAAAAAAGAGGUCGCGUCGCUCCCUGAGAAAGUCGACUACAAGGCCUUCCAGGAUUUCCUCGGCGUCGCGAUGCACCCGGACGACACUCAAGAAUCUUUCCGCAUCUUCUUCAGUUCUUUUGACAACCAGGGGACAGGAGACCUCUCGAAAAAACAAGUUUGCAACAUCCUACAGAUGUGGGGGGAUGAGCCGCUCUCCCCAGCUGAAGCUGCGGCUUUCUGCGAGCUCGUGAUGGGGAAAGAAAACUCGAUCUCGAUCAAGGUGCUCGUCGACAUCGCGAACGUGUGUUGGUGCGCGUAA